AACAGGUGGUCCUUGUAUAUUUUGCAGAAGUUUGUCUAGAUUUGUCUGCAGUUCUUGUUAAAACACCAGCCACCAACAUGUCCUUCAAGAACCUACUCAGCGUGUGGUUUUCACUCGUUCUCUUAGGAGCUGAAGACAUUGAAACACAAGUGAAUGGCAUUCUGGGACAGUCUGUCACGUUCCGAGUGAAGUUCUCUUCACCAUUUGAUUCAAUUUCCUGGACUAAAGUUGCCGGCAAUAAGUCUGAAAUUAUUGCUGUGGGGACCUUUAAGGAUCCCUGUGGCCUCCUGGUCCCCGACUCAGCCUAUCGAAAGCGAGUGAACUCCUCCAAGGACUGCAGAGAAUUACAUCUCAGCCAUCUCAAGAAAGAGGAUGCUGGCAGAUUCACAGCAGGAAUUAUUCCACCAGGUGCAGAAAAGGUGGAUGAGCCCUUUGAUCUGCAAAUAUUUCGGCGCUUGCUGGACUCUGAGAUGAAAGUGUCCUGCACUGGAGUUGGAAAUGGAACUUGGAAGCUGAAUUGCUCUGCAGGGACUUGGGAAGAUGGGGUGAAAUUCAGUUGGCCCUCAGAUGUCCAAAGCAAGAAUCCUCCCCUUGGGAGUUCUGUGACCGUCACCUCCUACGAUCUCAAUCUCAACGUCACUUGUGCAGCAGAAAACCCGGUUAGCAAGGCGUCCACAACAGUCUCUUUAAAGAAAGUUUGUGCUGGAAGGACAUCCAAGAGCUCCUCCGGGCUGCCUCUCUGGGCCCUGCUGUGCCUUAGCAAAGUGGGAAGUCUUCUCCUUCUUGGCUGUUUGGGGCUCAUCCUGAGGGUGAAAUCCAGAAAAGCAGUUGGAAAAGGGAGGCCGACAGACUCGCAGAGGAGCCCGCCACCAUGGGAUCCUACAGACAGAGGCCUCAGAUGAGUCGUCCCCUCCUGCCUCUUAACAUAUCCAUGGUCUCCUUGGUGGAUUUCAAGAGGAACCUUUGGGACAAAGAUGCUUUUGGGGGCCACCCAAUGGACUCUAUUCCCAAU